AUGGCGGCCCCGGAGCAGCCGCCGCCGCCGCCCGAGGGCUCCAAGCCGCUGAGCGCGCUCCUCAGCGGCAUCGCCCAGGCCGCCUACUACGGCAACGCGGACAUCACGGAGGAGCUGCUGCGCGGGCAGCUCUACCCCGAGGCGGCGCCGGAGGAGUUCCGCGCCCUGCGCGUCAAGAUGGGUGGUCUACUCCAGUCAAUUGCUUCAGCCGACAUGGAUUUGAAUCAGCUGGAGGCUUUUCUUACCGCCCAAACCAAAAAACAAGGUGGCAUCACAUCAGAUCAAGCUGCAGUCAUUGCAAAAUUUUGGAAGAACCACCGAAUGAAGAUCCACGAGAGCCUGAUCAAUCAAAGCCGUUGGGAUAACGUCUUGAAAAACAUGAACUGGCGAGUGGAUCUGAAGUCACAGUCAAGGCACAUUGAUCAGAUAAACACUCCUGUUGCAAUAGUUGAAAUGGAACUGGGGAAAAAUGGGCAGGAAUCGGAGUUUCUCUGUCUGGAGUUUGAUGAGGCCAAGGUGAGCCAGAUGCUGAAGAAACUCUCGGAAAUAGAGGAGAGCAUGACUUUGUUGACUCAGACCACUUGACCAAAUAAAGAGGUUGCAACUC